AAGAAAUGUUUUGGUGGUAUCGUAAAUAGUAACCUAGUACGAACAGUUUAUAGCAUGGUAACUCGACGUGGAGUUCAUGUGUUUUUCGCACAAUAACACAGACUAACGCUGCACAUGUCUCGAAGAUUUUACGAAAGUCGAAUUUCUCCUUACGUAGGUGACGUUCGAGGCUUAAACAGGAAUUUAUAAGAAAUUUACAAGCAUCCUACCUUCAAAAACUCAAAAUGUCAAACUCUACUACAGACCCUGGUGCAUACUAUUGCUAUGACAAGGGACUAAUUUUACCAAUAGUUAACGAAUCUACAUGGUCAAUCGGUGCACGAACUACAAUCUACCUUAUCGGGCUGCUAUGGAGUUUUAUGGGUGUCUCCAUCAUUGCGGAUAUUUUCAUGUGCUCUAUUGAAGUGAUCACUAGUAAAACAAAAACUGUAAAUAUAGCCAAUCCAAAAGCUCCGGGAGGAACGGAAGAAAUUAAAGUACGGGUGUGGAACUCUACUGUAGCCAACUUGACCUUAAUGGCUCUGGGGUCAAGUGCUCCUGAAAUUCUUCUCUCUGUGAUUGAGGUUGUUGGUAAUGGUUUCCAAGCUGGUGAGCUUGGUCCAAGUACAAUUGUUGGUUCUGCUGCAUUCAAUCUCCUUGUCAUCACUGCAGUGUGCAUCAGCUGCCUUCCAACUGGUGAAGUCCGCUACAUCAAACUGGUGAAAGUGUUUGCACUCACUUCCUUCUUCUGUAUAUUUGCCUAUAUUUGGCUUUUUUUGGUACUUGUUGUCAGUAGCCCAGAUGUUGUUGAACUCUGGGAAGCCAUCUUCACUUUUCUUUGUUUUCCCAUCCUUGUCAUCUUAGCGUUUGUGGCUGACAAGGACUACUGUGGGAAGAAAGAAGUUGAGGAUGCUGAACUAGCUCGACUUGGCAUUGAUGGUGAUAACGUUAGAUUUGCACCAGGCCAUCCGGGAGAUCGGUACUUAACUGCAGAAAAUGUAACCAAAGAGGGUGUAGCUGAUGUGAUGAAAGAGAUAGGCAAGCAUCCAGAUAUAACCCCAGAGCAAGCUGCAACAAUUGCAGCCAUCGAAGCUGAAAAGAACUCUCCUCAUACCAAAGCUUGGUAUCGUGUUAAUGCAACAAGAAAUAUGACUGGAGGACAAAAACUGAUUCCUGCCGUGGAUCCUAAAUUACUUUCUGCAUAUGAUCAAGCCAAGAUGGGCAGUGCUAUUUCAGUUGGGUCCACAUUAAUCUCACCUGAAAUUCCCAUAGUGGAAUUUGCUGCUUCAUCAUGUGCUGUGUAUGAAAAUGAGAAACGAGUACGUGUUUAUGUUAACAGAAGAGGAAACAUACAACCUCAAGUUAUAUUCAAGUUUGAGACAUUGGAUGGGACAGCUGAAGCCGGUUCUGACUACAUAGCACAGCGUGAUACUAUGGUGUUCGGAUCCAAUGAGACGCAGAAGUUCAUUGACAUUGAUAUUAUUGAUGACAACGAGUGGGAACCAGAUGAAGUAUUCUUUGUGAAGCUGUCAGUAGACAGUAAAAGUGGAGCUAAGUUGGGAAAAAAGAACACCAUGCAGAUUACUAUUAUUAAUGAUGACGAACCAGGAACCUUUGAGUUUACGAUGCCAAGCUACUUAGUGAAGGAAAGCAUUGGUGUGUUACAGGUACCAGUCUCCAGAAACAAUGGAACUGAUGGAAAAGUUGUCUUGAAAUGGAAAACAACUGACAUGACUGCGAUCUCUGGUAAAGACUAUGAAGGUGGAGAAGGAGAGUUAGUAUUCGAACAUGGCGAGAAACAAAAGAGUAUAGACAUUCCGAUUGUUGACGAUCAAGAGUAUGAAAAAGAUGAGUCAUUUAAACUUGAACUGCUAGAGGUUAGCGAUGGGGCAAAACUUGGAAAAACCAGGACGUCUGUUAUAACAAUAGUCAAUGAUGAUGAGUACAACAGCCUGCUUGAUCGUGUAGUCUCAAUAACCAAUGUCAACUUGGAUCGUCUCCGUAUUGGUAAUGCUUCGUGGGCCGAUCAGUUCAAAGAAGCAAUGAACGUGAAUGGUGGAGAUAUUGAAAGUGCUACUUGGGUAGAUUAUGUCAUGCACUUUUUAACCUUUGGAUGGAAGGUGAUAUUUGCUUUGGUUCCACCCCCGUCAUUCCUCAAUUCUGGUGGAUGGAUCUGUUUUACUGUGGCAAUCAGCUUUAUUGGACUUCUUACAGCAAUCAUUGGUGAUUUGGCAGCGAUAUUUGGUUGUCUUAUUGACCUGCGAGAAAGUGUUGUAGCUAUCACAUUUGUCGCUUUGGGGACCAGUUUACCCGAUCUGUUUGCCAGUAAGACUGCUGCUGUUAAUGAGAAGUAUGCUGAUGCUUCCAUUGGUAAUGUGACAGGCAGUAACUCUGUAAACGUGUUUCUCGGUCUUGGCUUGUCAUGGCUGAUUGCGAGCAUAUAUUGGACAUCCAAGGGUCUUGUAUUUGAAAUGGAAGCUGGAGCUCUUUCCUUCAGUGUCAUGAUAUACACUAUUUGUGCCAUUAUGUGUUUAAGUCUCUUGGUCUUACGACGCUUUAUUCCAUUUUUUGGAAAAGCAGAACUUGGAGGACCUACAGCAGGUCGAUAUUCCUCUAGUAUAUUUUUAAUACUCUUGUGGAUUAUUUACAUACUCCUGUGUUCCCUCCAAGCUUACGGAUACAUUCAUUUCUAA